AUCCUACUCCCCACUCCUCCUCUCCCUUACACCGCACCUUUAGGGUCGAGCAAUUUCAGGCUUUCUUCCUUCCUGUUCCCUUUCCCUUUCUUCACGUUUACACCUUAUGGGGCUAGCCAUCUCUUGGCAGACAUCUACCGUCAUUUUUCCUUGGUCAUGGCGGCGCCCGGUCGAUCCAAGACUUUUUGCUCUGGGUCCAAACACUUGAAUUCUACGCAGUAAUAUCUUGCCUCGGGUUGUUUUCCCACCCCACUGCAUGAACCGCUUACCACAUUUGCCUUCGCUAGUACUGUGGUGGUUGUUUUAAGUCGGUCCUCACGGAAGAUUCCCGGCCAAGGCCCGCAGAUUCUAGAUCUGUUCCCAUAUACCCAUGCCAGUUCCGCAGUCGACAUUCUUUUCAUUUUAACCUAGGUUAGACCUUGUCUGAAAGUCUCAAUAAUGGCCUUGUCAGGUAGGUGAGGAUGCCUGCGACUCUACUGAUGCGUCUGCCUUGCCCACUUAGUCUGAUUCAGCUGCGCAUACUUGAGGGGCUUUUGUGGCCUUGUGGUGAGGGAGACCUCUUCCAUGUUGUCAGUUUGUUCAAGGACACCUUAGGAUACGUUUGCAAAAAUGGUAUAGCUAUGAUUGGCAAGCAACAAGCUACAACUCGAUCCUCCGAUGUUCAUAUUAUACCGGUAUUCAAAUGAUCACGUUGUUUUUCCAAGAUAAGUUACUUGAACUUAUUUACAUAAUCGACUUUUAGUUUAAGAGAGAAACCCUGUUCGGCCUGACUUGAGAAGUACUACUAUGCCUGGAGAAGCUUGUACGUGUAUGUGCGUUCAAAAGCUUGGGCCCGAGAUGAGAAGAAAUACUUCCACAGCCAUAUAUUUCGCGUUGGCUAGAAAGGCUAUUUGUUUGAUGUGGCAGCCUCGUGAAUGAACGGCCUUUGACUAUAUGUUCUUAUAUACGAUCUUCCUCCUUAUACUGAAUAGGUAUGCAG